ACUUGCCACCUGCUCUCAUGUCGCGGCUCACAGCUGCCCAAGUAAUUGCUUUGGGCGAAUACCUCGAACCGGAUUUUGAGCCCUCUACACUCACUAUUUCUCAGCUCCUCGGUAUCCUAGGCUACCACAACAUCGUAUACCCGACGCCCUACUCCAAACCAAAAUUGAUACAAGUCUUUAAUGAAGAAGUCAAACGAAAGGCAUCAAGGUUCAAGAAAGAUAGGAUCAAAAAGGCGAAUAGCAUUGCAAGUGAUGAUGGGAUUACGGAUGGAUUGACGGGAGAGCCCCUCACCAGGAGAAAGAGCACGACGACCACUGUACGACGCACAUCUAGGCGCCUUUCAAGGGCUCCAUCUGAAGAGCGGGAAACCUCACCUGUGCGACCUGAACCUCCGAAGAGACGACGAUCGUCCGCACAACCAAGGCUUGGAGGGGUUUCGAAAUCAGCAAGACUCCCUGCGGAACCCACUGUUGACGAAGAAAGUGAACACGAAGAAUUAGACCUACCUGUUAGGAAAGUCGGAAGAACCAAGAAGACGACCGAUGUGUCAGGCGGACAAAAUCGCCGCGUUUCUCAACCAGAUGACAGUGGCUGGGAAGAUAACAAUAUCUUCCAGUCGGGAGCAGAAUCGUCUUCUCCGGCGCGACCUUCGCCUAUUCGCAAUGCCCGACGUAGCUCCGUCGUCCCGCGGAAGUCAAGGAAGUCGAUGUCCGCCCCACCGCAAGGAUCUCCUCCGAAGGAACAUAUCCCCCAUACAUUUUCACCUCCCCAGUCUAAUUUCGAACCGAAUAUUCCGAUGUUUCGUACGCCAGCCCCGAAUCGAAGGCUGCCACGGGCAAGCUUCGUCGACAGCCCUCCUUCGCCGCUUAAAGAGGCACCACCUGCUCAACGACCACUUCCGCAAUUUGACCAACCAGUGCACGGUGUCCCAGAUCAUGACCACGAAACCCUCGAUGAGAUGACGGAAGGGCUCGAUCCUCACACUGCUGAUGACGAUAACGAGGAGGGACAAGAUGAUAAUGCCGAAGCUGGGGAGGCUGAAGGAAUGGAUCAGACGCAAGUCGUUGCUGUUCAGAAACGCAUUGCUGAAGGAGGCCGACCAGUUGCUUCCAUUCCUGUGGAUGAAGUCUUGAUAGAGGACGACGUCAAGCCAACGUCCUUUAUUGUCCGUCUGGUAAUCUAUCUCCUCGCUAGUCUUGGCUCCUACGUUGUCUACCAACACAAGAUUGAGAAUUCGUCAAUUGGCUACUGCGAUCCCGGAAGCAGCACUAACGCUCGUUUAGAGCAGCUGAAAUCAGAAAGGACGUUUAUCGAAGCGUGUAAUGCUGAAAACCGUAGCCAUCUUAUUGCAAAUGAUCCCAAUUCCCCUGCUUGCCCUCCCGUACCGCUGCUACCUUUCCUACACACGUGUACGUCUUGUCCUGAACAUGCCGUGUGUUCUGGACAUGCCAUUGCUUGCGAAAAGCCUUAUAUCCUCAAGCCACCUUUCCCACUGUCAUUUCUGUUGCCCCCGUCAACGGAUCCUACCAACGCGAAUCUUUCUCUCUCCCUUUCGACUUUGAACGAAGUACGUCCGGAGGACAUGGCGUGGAAAAUUAUAUCUCUCGUGACGGAUGGGUUACCGGGGCUUGGGAGCGUAGGAGUAGUACCGAGUUGCGUCGAGGAUCCAAGGCGAAAGAAACACAUCGGUGCGCUAGGAAAGGCGAUUGAGAAGGCUUUGGCUCUGGAACGUGGGACGAGAUUGUGCUAUCGUGAAAGGGAGAGGAGUGUCAAGGAAGACGAAGGAGGCGAGGCAAGGAGAUGGGGUGUGCCCCUGGAAGAGUUGCAGGACAGGUUCAGACCAAGUGGAGAUGUACCAAAUUUUGAUGAUAUUUUCCAGGAAGCUGUACAGCAACUCGUUCAGUGGGGUGGUAUGCUGAUCGGAGAAGAUACGAAGGGCGAACGAUAUCUUGCUCACAAGUCUCCGAUGUUAACAUGGGAUUGUCAAGUUAAAGUACAAUCACGCGAAGUUUGGGAAGCUUGGAGAAUGACUGUAUUUGGCACCGUCAGCCUCUUCGUUUUUAUUUUCCUCUCACGCUCUAGGCGUGCCAGACGUCAAGUCGAGAACCAACGCGUCGCAGGACUCGUCCAACUCGCACUUGAUACUCUCCGCCGCCAGGAGUUCUCGCAUCACGUUGAUCCCGUUUCUGUUCCCCAACCUUAUUUGUCUUCAUUGCAGCUGCGUGAUCUGGUGCUACAGGAAGAACAUGAUGUGAACACUAGGCAAAGGCUAUGGGCGAAGGUUGAGAGGGUUGUUGAGGAGAACGCGAAUGUGAGAGCAAAUGAGGAGGAGGUCAAAGGAGGAGAUCAUAUGAGGGUAUGGCAGUGGGUUGGGACGACUGGGUUGGGUGCUCCGGGUACCCCUUUGAGAAUUCAUGAUGCGGUCGCCUGGGAGUCCUAGGUGGAUCGGGUGGGAGAUUGAGACAUCCGAGUUUUUUUUCGCCUUUGUCUCUUGCCGUGUUCUAUCUGUAUCUGUCGCGAUUUUUCUUCUUUUUCGGUUGUUCCGAGUUGUCGCAAUGCGGCUACUUCACUAUAUCUUAUCUCCCUUUUUUCUCCUCCGUUGUCUAAUGACAACUGAUAACAUGGGCUUACGAUUGUUUUGUAUUAGCGCGGUUUCCAGAUGUAUCGCUAAUUCUAAUCCUUUUUCUCUUCCCGAUCCGCUGGGCGGAUGGCUGCGGAGCAUAACGUUUACUACUCGCUACGUUUUGUGCA